GGAGAGUGCGGAUACAGAGACUGGAGAGCAGAUUUCUUCCAUCCUUGUGGAUUUUCUCUUGGCAAUGGAACCCGUCUGCAUCGAGAACCUUCACAUAUUGUACCAAAGCCUUGACUUUUUGGUAGUGAACAAGCAUUGGGACAUCCGUAUAGACAGCAAGAUGUGGUAUGAGAAGCUCACCGUGCAGAGCCAGCUGAAGUACCGGUUUCCAGAGCUGGCAGACCCUGACACUUAUUAUGGGUUCAGGUUCUGCCACCAGCUAGAUUUCUCCACCAGUGGUGCUCUGUGCGUGGCCCUCAACAAGGAAGCUGCUGGUCGGGCGUACACGUGUUUUAAGGAGCGUACAGUGACUAAGGCUUACCUUGCAUUGGUCCGAGGUACUGUCACAGAAAAAUGCAUGACUAUCUCAUUAGCCGUGGGCAAAAAUACUCAAGAAGGCUUCACACAUAUGAUGUGUGCUGAAGGCACAGUAGGAUGUGAUAAUGCUAAGCCAUGUCAGACUGAUCUGACCGUCUUGCAACAUGGAUUAUAUAAAGGGGAUCCGGUCACUAAGGUCCUGCUUCAGCCACUGACUGGUAGGACACACCAGCUGAGGGUGCACUGCAGUGCCUUGGGGUAUCCUAUAGUGGGCGACUUCACCUACAGCUUUAAGAAAGAUGUUGAACCAUAUCGAAUGAUGCUUCACGCCUACUAUCUGCGAAUCCCCGUUGACCCGGAACUCAUAGAAGUUACAGCUCCCGACCCCUUCAGGCCAGAAGUGGAUCCUUACUGGGUGCCCAUCGACACCAUCCAUCCACUGUGCCAGGCAAUGAAACAAAUGACUCACAAGGCACUGGUAUCUGAAAGAAGCAGACAAAUAAACGAACAGGAAAGCUCACGGGAGAAACCAAAAACGAUGGAAACAAGCGAAGAGACUGAAGAGCAAAGGGCCGUCUGCCAACAGUGGUUAACGGAGUGGGCGGGCGAAUAAUACUCUGUGAUGUAUAUUUUACUGUAGCGGAAAUCACAGCUGGUUAGUACCAAGUGUUAGUGCACUAUUCUCCUAGUUCAGCCGGUGUCUGCAGAUCGAGCUCCAGCCUCCCAGCAGCAAUAUCACUGUUUUACAGCUGUAGGAUCACUUGAUGCAUUGUGUUGGAAGCAUCCCCAAUGCUAUAGAAGUUUACCAGCAGUUUCAUUAUUAGUGUCUUUGUAACGCUUCCUUUAGUAAGCUAGGAUGAAAAUCUUC